UCUCCGAACCCACCCUGGACAGCCCGGUGGAGACAGGGAAGGUUUGCUAGCUCAGAGGGAUUGCCAGCACAUCAGAAGGGGCCGGGAGCUGGGGGAGGAGAUUGGAGGGAGAGGUAAUCCCUGGCGUUUUGAGCAUCCCCUUUUUAGAAAGACGGAGUCUCUCCCAGGACAGCUGCUGCGGUCACACCACAAACUUAAAAGCCACCCUCCUGCUUGGAGCGUGCCUUUCCUCACUACGCUCGCUGGCCUAAGCGCCAACUGGUGAGUCGCUGUCCGUGAGGAGAGGCGCUGCGCUCAGGGGACAGGAGCGCCCCCUGUCUUCCCGCCUGGCCGUAGCCACCGCCUCAUUGCUCUGCCAGGGCAGCCUGUGCUCCACGGUUCAGCCCGGGCAGCCGCUCUAAAGAACUCACGCCUGUGCUCGCGGUCGCCGUCCUCUUGGCUUCCUCCGGCUUUCCUUUUCUCUCUCUUGAGCCUGCGACAUAAGGAAAGGAAAAGCGACGAGAGUUGCCAGCAGGAAGGGUGAACUAACAGUGUUUGAAAGACAAAAUUUUCAUCAUGAAUGCUAAUAAAGAUGAGACGCCAAGAUCCAGAAGUGAAGAUCUUCACAUUUUUCAUGCCUGGAUGAUGUUAAUCAUGACUGUGCUCUUUCUUCCUGUCACUGAAACAUCUAAACAAAACAUUCCAAGACUCAAGCUAACCUACAAAGACUUACUGCUUUCAAACACCUGUAUUCCCUUUUUGGGUUCAUCAGAAGGACUGGACUUCCAGACUCUUCUUUUGGAUGAGGAGAGGGGUAUAAUGCUCCUAGGAGCCAAAGACCAUGUCUUCCUGCUCAGUCUGCUCGACUUGAACAAGAACUUUAAGAAGAUUUAUUGGCCUGCUGCAAAGGAACGAGUGGAACUAUGCAAAUUAGCUGGGAAAGAUGCCAAUACAGAAUGUGCAAAUUUCAUCCGAGUGCUUCAACCCUAUAAUAAAACUCACGUUUAUGUGUGUGGAACUGGAGCGUUUCAUCCGCUGUGUGGAUAUAUUGAUCUUGGAGCCAACAAGGAGGAACUCAUAUUUAAACUAGACAUGCAUAACCUGGAGUCUGGCAGACUGAAAUGUCCCUUUGAUCCUCAGCAGCCUUUCGCUUCAGUAAUGACAGAUGAGCACCUCUACUCUGGAACAGCAUCUGAUUUCCUUGGCAAAGACACUGCAUUCACAAGGUCCCUUGGGCUAAUGCAGGACCACCAUUACAUCAGAACUGACAUUUCAGAACACUACUGGCUCAAUGGAGCAAAAUUUAUUGGCACAUUCCCCAUUCCAGACACCUAUAAUCCAGAUGAUGAUAAAAUAUAUUUCUUCUUUCGGGAAUUAUCUCAAGAAGGCAGCACUUCUGACAGAAGCAUUCUUUCAAGAGUUGGAAGAGUUUGUAAGAAUGAUGUAGGUGGGCAACGGAGUCUGAUAAACAAAUGGACUACUUUUCUUAAGGCAAGAUUGAUUUGCUCAAUUCCUGGAAGUGAUGGAGCAGAUACCCAUUUUGAUGAACUUCAAGAUAUUUACUUACUCCCUACGAGAGAUGAAAGAAACCCUGUAGUAUAUGGAGUCUUUACCACAACCAGCUCCAUCUUCAAAGGCUCUGCUGUCUGUGUGUACAGCAUGGCUGAUAUCAGAGCAGUUUUUAAUGGUCCCUAUGCUCAUAAGGAAAGUGCAGACCAUCGUUGGGUGCAAUAUGAUGGCAGGAUACCUUAUCCCCGACCUGGAACGUGUCCAAGCAAAACCUAUGACCCACUGAUUAAGUCCACCCGAGACUUUCCAGAUGAUGUCAUCAGUUUCAUAAGGCGGCAUCCGGUGAUGUAUAAGUCAGUGUACCCGGCAGCGGGAGCACCGACCUUCAAGAGAAUCAACGUGGAUUACAGACUGACUCAGAUAGUGGUGGAUCACGUGGUCGCUGAAGACGGCCAGUAUGAUGUCAUGUUUCUCGGAACAGACAUUGGAACAGUCCUGAAAGUUGUGAGCAUCUCCAAGGAGAAGUGGAAUAUGGAAGAGGUAGUACUGGAGGAGCUUGAGGUAUUCAAGCACCCAACAGCCAUCUUGAACAUGGAGUUGUCACUGAAGCAGCAACAGUUGUAUGUUGGUUCCUGGGAUGGAUUGGUUCAGCUCUCCUUGCACAGAUGCGACACUUAUGGGAAAGCAUGUGCAGAUUGCUGUCUCGCCAGAGACCCUUACUGUGCUUGGGAUGGAAAUUCUUGCUCCAGAUAUGCACCCACUUCAAAAAGGCGAGCUAGACGCCAGGAUGUAAAGUAUGGGGACCCGAUCACUCAGUGCUGGGACAUAGAAGACAGCAUUAGUCAUGAAACAGCUGAUGAAAAGGUGAUUUUCGGAAUUGAAUUGAAUUCAACCUUUUUGGAAUGUAUACCUAAAUCCCAACAAGCCUCUGUUGAGUGGUCCGUCCAGCGGUCAGGAGAUGAGCAUCGAGAGGAGUUGAAACCUGAUGAAAGGAUCAUCAAAACGGACUAUGGGCUACUGAUUCGAAGUCUGCAGAAGAAGGACUCUGGGGUUUAUUACUGCAAAGCACAGGAGCACACUUUCAUCCACACCGUAGUGAAGCUGACUUUGAAUGUCAUUGAGAAUGAACAGAUGGAAAAUACCCAGAGGGCAGAAUACCAGGAGGGGCAGGUCAAGGAUCUGUUGGCUGAGUCACGGUUGAGAUACAAAGACUACAUCCAAAUCCUUAGCAGCCCAAACUUCAGCCUGGACCAGUACUGUGAGCAGAUGUGGUACAGGGAGAAGCGGAGACAGCGCAACAAGGGCAGCCCAAAGUGGAAGCACAUGCAGGAAAUGAAGAAGAAACGAAAUCGACGACAUCACAGAGACCUGGAUGAACUUCAGAGAUCAGUGGCUACAUAGUUUUCUAUUUAAUUUAAGGAGGGACUUAUUUACCUGCCUGCACAAAUUAUGUCUUCUGUUUUGUACAUCCCUUAAACUAACUCAUAUAUGCUUCCCAUGGAGUCUCACUGAGGCACAGGAUGCUACGUUGAAUAAGACUCUGUAGGACAUCAUCUGAACCAGCUUUCUGAGAACAAAACCUGUAUUGGCAAAGUUAAGAACUGUCUUAAAAAUAGGGGCCUUAGGUUUGUAAAUGUUUUAUAGUUUGAAUUCAAUGUCAUGUAAAUAAGCAAGCUAAGUGAACUCCAGAUCCACCGAGUAAGGUGCUUUAUUCUCAUGCAUGGCCAUUAAGCAUGGACUUACCCAUGGUGUUGCCUAUGUUCCUAGAAACAGCUUAAUCAUUCCUUUCUAGAACAGGUGAUCAUGUACGAACUGGAGAAAAGACACACGUUAAAACAGCUUAUGUUAGGAACAGGAACUUUCUCAAGGAGCCAACAGCCCAUACUUGGAGGCAGGCAUGGGAAUUUAGAAAGGUGUGUUCCCUCUUUCUGGAGCAGGCUACAUCUAGUGUACUGUGGUAGCUUUGUGAGAGGGGAUCCUAACCAGGUUUCUUUUGAUUGGCCAAGAGAAAUAGCACCACAGACAGAACUCAAUGAUGUUCUCUGAAAUACAUGCCAUAGGAACUAAGUACAAGAUUCCUGUGCACUUUGGGAUACAUGGUAAAAUAUCUUAAUAUAAUAAGGGUAACAUGAUGUACACUGUAUCCUAAUCUGUAGAUGAGAAUUAUUAGAAAACAGACAAGAUAGCUAUAAAUUCUGCCCCUGAGAAAAACUUAUAUUGCCAUGAAAAAAGGAGAAAGCUACAAUGUAGAUAGAAUGUAAUGGAAUUCGUUCUACUUGAGUAUAAGUAUCUGCCAACUUGUAAUGUUUUGAAUAAAAAUAAUUUAGAUUGUAGCAAAUUGUUAGCAAAAGUUCAAGUGAGAGUAAAAUUUGUAAAAAAAAUUAUGGGAUGGCAAUAUUUUAUUUAUAACCAGUGUAUUUCUGGGUUCUCUUUUUUCUAAGUAUUUAUCAUAUUCUGUAUAUUGUUUGCAUUUAUAUCUUUUAUUUGAUUAUAUUUGAGUAAAUAGGAGAAAACAGUAUGUAAUACAUAGAAAUAAUUAAGUAGAUGACCAAGGUCGGGAAUGGGGCUAUAUAUUUGUUGAAUGGAUGGAUAAGGGCAAAAUUUUAAUGACGGGAAGGGUUAGAUUAACUCUUUGACAUCUUCUCUUUACAUAAACUUUCAAGCAGCAUUGAUUUCAGCAGCUUCCCAAGUAAGUCUUCCAUAUGUGAAAACACUCACAUCAUUAGCAUAAAUACCGUUUGUAUUUUGCUAACAUGUGUCAAAUUCAACUUUCCCUCUGAACAGUGUUUUCCUGCCAGUCGCUCCAGAAACCACCUUUCCUUCCUAGAGCACAAAGCCCUUCCUUCGCCUUCCUCUGUUUUCCCUUUUCACGCCCUUUAUAGUGUGAAAUGAACAAUUAGUCACUUCCUCACAAAGAAUGCAGCUUUUUAGAGAACCAACAGACCUUGAUUGUUUCUCAUGCAUUCUACAUGUUUUGAAAGAUUCUGUGAGAAGCCUGUGUGAUUAAAGGCCAGUGGAACCAAGUCAAACAAUCUCUCCGUUCAAAGUAGCAUCAGUAUUUUACAUUCAUUUAAUUUGCAUUGGGUACCUAUCUCAAGGGCAUAGCAUUAAUCUGCAAGGGUCUAAUAUAAUAAUGAAUAUUUGUAGAUGCUUGACUAAGAAAAGGCAAAAAUGCAGGAAAAAUUUUAAUUUGAAAACCAGAAUGAAUUACAUCUCCAGCAGAAAUGUACACAAAUUCUGUGUCAUGGUUAGAUUACUAAUCAUAUAUCACACAAGGGUGUUUAUCUAUUGGCUUACUGAGUCCUACAAAGUCACAGCAAACUCAAGUCAGUGGGUUCAUGCUUCAUUAAAAAAACACUUUCAGAUAGUUGUGUAUCAAAUAGUAAUAUUCAGAUAUCAAUAGUAUUGAAAAAUUGCACAAGGUUCUACUAUUUGUAUUGACAUCUGAAAAUUAAUUUUAUACAGAUAAUAAUGUCCAAACUAUUUUCUAAUUACUUAUGUAAUUAGAAAUGUAAUUUUUUAUCAAUAGUCUGUAAAUCUAUUUUACAUCUUAGAUUUAAAAUUUUGGCUGCUUUGAACAUAAAACUACUAAUGAUGAUUAAAUAUAUUUUAAAAGUUAUUGGGAAAAUAAGAUUAUAUAAUAAAGGUGGAGCUAAGGUUUAUGUGUAUUUUGAAAUGCAGACUAUAGCUAAGCAACAUUCAUUCUUAUUCAAAAGGCUUAGAAGAGUGUAAGAAAGCUCAAGUGACAAAUGCAAUGUGUACUUCCUUGCCAUUGAGGAUGAACAACUCUGCAUUGAAAUAAUGAAAAAGCAGAAUGUUGCCCAAACUUUCAAAAUUAAAGGCACCAGAUCCCCCCGAAGCAACUCUGAACUAUGUAGUUAUUCAUUUUUUAUAUAUUUUUCUGUCUUUGGUACAUGUCUUUAACUUCCUUGACUGUUUUUGCUACAUUUUUAUUCAGUCCUUUGUGCUGCUAAAUAGAAGUAUGCCUGAAUGAGUUCAUUUACAUUUAAUUUAUUGGGAAUUUUAAGAAUUUGUUUAGAAAUGGAUAACUAAAUCUAAAUAAUCUAAAUAAUCAACUUAUGUAAAAAUCUUUUGUUUUUCUUUCUCAAAAGAGCUCAAAACCAUAUAUCACAUGAUGGAGUAAACAUUGCAGAAGAAAUAGUCAAAUAACUUAACAAAAUGUAAAAUAGUCAUAGAAAAAAAUGAGCACAUUGCAGAAGCCACAACAGCUAUCAAGGUAUCAUUCACAAUCUCAGGAGCUUUUGUUUAAAGGAAGACUGAAUUACAACAUGCCUGCAAUAUUAUGUUCACACUUUUGGCCUUUCCUUCUGUGCUGAAUUUGAUUCUUUGCAUAUAUUAUUACAUGCUGUUCCUACUGAAUCGGUGAUCUUCCUAGAGGCUAACAAGAGUGACUACUUCUUGGACUAACAUAACCAAAAUUGAGUUUCCAGGACAACUUGUGUCAUUUCAUUCAGAUGAAAACAUAAAAUUAAACAAGACCACUCACUAAACAUUAAUUUUUCUUAAACAUGUGUCUAAGAUUUAUCACACACAUUUUACGGGGACAGAUCAAAGUGAACUUGGGAAUCCCUUCUCUUCAGAACACCACCUUGUAGCAGUCAUUAUGUUUCAACUGACAAGCCAUUUUGAGGGAUGGGUAUAUUUUUUAAAUAGAAAUAUAUAUUUUCUCAUAAUAUAUAUUGCAUUUUACAGUAUGUGAGGUUAAAAAUACAUAAGACUGAAUUUCCAAGUUUGGCAAAUUGAAAAUCCAUGUACAGAAGAAUGUUCAGGCUUUGUAACUCUUGCUUAAAUAUGUUAUAAUAUAUUUAUGAAAAUUUGAAACAUAACUUUUCGGGAAAGAAAAAUAAAACCUGUCAGAAGCCAUAGCUGAUAUUCACUUCUAGCAUUGCCAGUGGUAGUUAUCAAUGAAUUUGAAUAAUUUUACUUUUAAAAAACUGUAGUCUUGUAGUAUACCAUAUUUAAAUUUGUUAAAUAUAUAUUUUGUUUGUAUCAUAAUAAAACAAAAGCAUCAGUGUUCAAUUAUUAUAAACAGUGUUGGUAUGUGUAAAAUUUUUCUUCAACUCCAAAUAUGGCAAGAAGAUUUUAUAUACUAAAUUGAACUAAAUAAGAUAUUUCUGAAAGUUUUCAAUAGAUAUUUUUGCUUUAGGUAUGUAAUAAUCUUAUUCAUAAAACAACAAAAACAUCUCUUCUAUUUGAUAUAAUUACAUAAGAUUUAUUGUAAUAUAAUUUAGAUUUUCUCCCCAAGAGGCAUAAAAUUAUCACAAAUAACUGCUAUCUUAAGUCAAAGUUUACAAUCUUCACUUAGGCACUAAUGUGGAUGUAUGUUAGUGUAAUUUGUUAAAGAAGUUAAGGUGAGGCUUUAAUAUAGUUGUUUGGUUGUUUUUCCAACUUGGCACACUCAGAAAUUAUAUUUUAUUUUUUUCAAGUAGAGGAUAGUAUAAUAGUUCCACAAUAAUAUAGAGAUAAUCUGUGAGAAAUUAUAAAUUUUUGUGAUGAUCCUAUAAAACUUCAACAGUUAAUAGUAACAGAUAACUUCUAAGGCACUUGAUUUCAUCUAUAUAAAACAAACUGUCCUUAAUUAAGUAGCUUGUCAGCAUAAACAUUUCAUUGUUUCCUCAGAGAUCUGGGGGUGGGAAGUCCAUGACAUUCAAGGUGCUGCAAGUAGCAUUCAGCUUUGAGGAACUUCUCCAUGUGGUGGGUGGCACAUAUCUUUAAGAAUAUGUAUUUCAUGAACAGGGAAAAACAGUCUAGAUGCUCAUCUAAAGCAGAAUGCAUAAGUUGACCUUCAUGACCUUCAAGUUUUUGACACUGGCCAGGACCAUUUUCUUUCGUGUUGUAUUCUUAUGGGUUGGAAAAGGCAAGGAAUGCAUUGGGGUGGAAAAUAAACCAUUUGCAAUGUAACAGAACUCCCAGAUCCUAGAUCAGGCACAAAAUAUUUCUGUAAAAAAAGAUAUAUAAGGUUAAUAAUUGAGAAAACCCUGAGGUGUUUGACACAUGACGAUAUUUGAUAAUCUCUACAAAGAAAAGAAUGCAAUAUUAAGUUAUGGGAAGGAACUAUCAGACAACCUGCUGCUUAUAUUAUUUAGACUUAUUCACUGAGAAAACCUUACUCAGGAGAGGGAAUUAUAAAUGAAGUAUCCUGGUCAUUAAUACAGAGUCUUAUACAAGAGUGUAUUCAUUUUAGCACACAUCGUGGAGAAUGAAGAGGUAGUAUUCAUGGAGGAAAAAUGCUCUUAAUCCAAGGAUCAAAUUUCUGCAUGUAAUAUACAACUUUGAGGAACUUCUCUAUAUGGGAGAUGGCAUAUAUUUUCAAGAAUGUACAUUGCAGGAAUAAGGAGAAGACAAUGUAGAUGCUCAUAUAAAGCUGAAUGCAUAAGUUGAAUUUCAGGCUCUCAGUGGAUACAGGCAUUUAAAUAAGAUGUGUUAUGUGUAUCAACACAAAGGUCUCAGAAAUAACUUCAAAGAAAAGAAACUAACACAUUUUAGAACUGCAAACAGAAUUUUACAAUAUUUAUCAAGUUUAAAAAAGCAAAUGAUACUGCUUAUGAAUAUAAGCAGUACAUUUAAAUAUAAAUAUAAACACAAGUAGUAAAUAUAUAAAAAAAAUAGUGAAAUUAAGCACUUAAUUCAAACCAGAGUUUCCUAUGGAUGCAAAGCAGAAGGUGAGAAUAUGAGAAGCUAUAACAGUUUCAGUUACAUUCAAUAUAUAUAUAAAAAAGUAAAUUCAACACAGUAAAAUGUUGGAACAACUAUUGGCUAUUUGGUAAAAACCUAUUCUGAACACAAUUCUAAGCAUUUACAAAGGUUAUACUACAAGUUGGAUUAUAUAUGUAAUACAUAGAUAAAACAGACACAUAAUAAGAGAGGAGGUAUAAAGGUUAAUAAAAUUACCAAUCCCUCCACAGUUCAUUCUAAGAUCGUCGAGAAAAAAGGAGAAGAAAGAAGCUCAUCCAAGAAUGUUUGAAUUUCAGCCAUAGUUUGUAAACAUGGUCAUGCAGUUUGAGUUACUCUUCCAGGAGAGAAUUUUCCUGAUACCUGGCCAUUUUAAAAAUGUGUCAAUUGGGCACUCAUUUGUUGAUUAUCAGGGAACCAGACCCUAGAUGAGACCUACUUCUAAGCACCAUCCUAUUGUUAUGGGAAUGCCUAAGGCAUGCACAACACAAGCCUAAUAUGCUGUAAGAAUCACAAAGAUGAAUUAGCAGGUUUGUAAAUGCAAGGCUGAUGUUAAAAUAUAAAAUCUCCUCCCUGGCACAUGUUUUCUUUAUGAAACUUAAAGCAUGAACAAACAUCUAUGUUUUGGUAAAUUUCUUUAAAUGCGUUCUCAGACCAUUAUCUUUUUAAUGAAAAUUUUCAUAGUGUUUCCUCCAGAGUAAACAAUUUAUGUGUUUGAAUAAGCCAAAUAUCCUAAAAAUUUGCAUUUUGCCAUUUCUUGGUUUUCACGGAUCCUGUUGGUGAGAGGCUAUCACGGAAAAUGCACAGUGUAAGCUCACAUUUUCAGGACACAUGGUAUAAAGAAUGUAACCCUGGGUAAGAAGAAACUAAAAGCAGUUUAGCACAUGGGAAGUGCUUGACCAGAAUCAGGAAGGCAGUGAUUUCCUGCGCACACACUGCUAAGCUUUUAAUACAGUGAAACAAAUUACUAUUGGACAAUUUUCUCCAAUUAUUUAAUUAUAUUAUAAUUACAAUUCUCUCUUAUCGGUUGUUUUUACUACUGAAAAAUAAAUAAAAACUCUCGACUCCCUCA